AUGCAGCGUUCUGUGCUCGGUACUGUCCCGUCCGCAUUGAGGGUUCUACGCGGAUCGGUGAGAAUCUCGGCAAGAACGGUGCGCUGUGAGGCGUUUGCCGAUCGGCACAUCGGUCCGAGUCCUCUCGAACGACAGCAGAUGCUCGACUUUCUCGGUUUUACAACACUCGAUGAACUCACUAACAAGAAUGUACCAAAUCAGAUCAAACUAGAGAAGGAAUUAGACCUACCCGAACCAAUCGACGAGCACAGUAUGCUUCGAGAGCUGAGAAAAAUCUCGGAAAUGAACAAGGUGUUUCGCUCAUAUAUUGGCAUGGGUUACUAUGACACUAUUGUGCCGGCUGUUAUUGUUCGAAAUAUCACAGAGAAUAUUGGUUGGAUCUCGCAAUACACCCCUUACCAAGCAGAAAUCUCUCAAGGUCGCCUGGAAUCAUUGCUUAAUUUCCAAACAAUGGUCGCCGAUUUGACUGGCCUUCCAACGACGAACGCUUCGUUGCUGGACGAAGCUACGGCGGUAGCGGAAGCUGCAGCGCUGGCUGUCAGAGCCACGAAGAGGAGCAAGGUUCUUCUGGAUUCUUUUCUACACCCACAAAACUUGGGCGUAACAAAAACACGUAGUGGUCCUUUGGGUAUUACUUUGGAUGAUCUCAACUUUGAUUCGUACAACGUCGAUGGAGAAACUGCAGCUGUGGUCAUACAGUAUCCGGACACUGAAGGACGAAUCCGUUGUUUGGACGAGCUAAUCUCUGUGGCUCAUAAGAAUGGGGCACUUGUUGUAUUGGUUUGUGACCUGAUGGCUUUAACACUUUUAAAAUCUCCUGGAGAUCUUGGAGCGGAUAUCGCGGUGGGAUCCGCACAGAGAUUUGGUGUUCCUCUGGGUUAUGGAGGACCAUACGCCGGUUUCAUGGCUGUUGCGAAGGACUCCAAAAAUAUGCUUGGUCGAAUGAUGCCUGGUAGGAUCAUCGGUGUAACCAGGGGUUCAAACGGCGAAAAAGCACUACGCCUAGCACUCCAAACUCGUGAGCAACAUAUCCGCCGUGACAAAGCUACAAGUAAUAUUUGUACAGCUCAGGCUCUUCUAGCCAAUAUGUCUGCCAUGUACGCUGUUUAUCAUGGACCUAAACGGCUCACUGAUAUCGCACAAACGAUUCACAAAUCCACGGCAUUUCUACACUCAGGUAUGUAG